AUGCUUGAUGAAACUAUUUCACCUGAUAAAACCAUAAGUUUCAUCAUAGUUUCGUCACUAUUAUGUCUUGUCAGGUCACAUAAGUUUUCAAGUGUGAUGCUGGAGAACGAAAACAGCUACAAAAGACGAAAUGAAGAUAACAAAAGAGCGAAGACACUUAUGAACAGUGACAUAAUCGAAGCGAUGCCACCACGAGUGACAGUUCCAGCUAACGACAGCUCCAACAUAUGA